CCUCACACAAACACGCAAGCAACCAGGCAGCACAAGAGCACAGCGAUCCAUCGAACCAGAGCGAGGCAGUUGAUUUCUUUUGUUUGUUUUGCCCUGCGAGACGACGAGGAAAGCGGCGACAUGAGUCACGUGGACGUCAAGAACUUGAAGCCCAGCAACUUCGAGGACCAGUACUACGACCAGUACGAUUACUACAACCUAAGUGACAAAUACACAGAGGGGGCAUCUCGCAAAGGUCGCACAAAGAAGGAGGCCAGCGAAAACACCAACAGGCACGUCCCGGCGGGACACGAGCGAAAGAUCGCCGAGAAACUUCAAAACAGCGACAAGAAGACCAAAGAAUGAAAGUCCAAGGACUCAUCUGACGGCUCAAGCGGACACGACCUGCAGUGACGAUGGCACGGGAGCGACCACGUCGUCCGUCCCGGCGCCGACGUCCGUCCUGAUGACCAAGUCGGCUGCCUGUGAACCGACCACCCGCAGCGGUGGUGCGCGUGGCGGCAGCGGGAACAUUUGGGUGUUACAUGGCGGAUUUCGCAAUAAAGUUUGACAUAUGCUUUGUUGAACAAAACAAUAAAUAUGAUGUGAGCAACAUUGCCCUCUGCUGGAUUAAAAGUCACAUGACAAUUUGGGA